CAGCUCUCAGUCUCAGUCGUUCUGGUGAGAGUGACACGGCAAGGAAGAUCAACAAAGUUACUGAUUUGAUAAGUUGUGCUCAUUCACACAAGAAUUCUCAUCCUAGAUUUCAACAGAUUGACACACACACUAAUAAAAUGAGCACCAAAGGAAGGAACUCCUCCAACGGGUACCACGCACCCUGCACAUUUCUCAGCGACUAUAUCAUUCAUGAGGGAAAGUGGCUCAGAUUGUCAGAAAUCAAGUACUUGGACCCCCACGGGAGAGAAAGAUGUUGGGAAACUGUGACCAAGUUGGCCAAACCGAAAGAAAAUGACACAGACACCGUGUCCGCCAUCGCCAUUUACAGACGCCUCCUCCACUACGACGUGAUUGUCAUGGUUCGUCAAUUCCGACCCCCACUCAAUGCCUACACGGUAGAGUUUCCUGCAGGUUUGCUAGAUUCAGGCGAGUCAUGUGAACAGGCUGCAAUCAGAAAGCUUCGUGAGGAAACUGGGUGGCACGGCGAGGUGACCCAUGCCAGCGACCUACUCGCCGUCGAUGCUGGGUGUUCUUCAGCAGUCAUGAGAUACGCCACGGUUAAGAUUAAUGGAGAUUCAACUGACAAUUUGAUGUGCAAACCGAUUAUCGGGAUAGACAACGAAUUUGUUGAUGUGCUCAUGAUUCCAGUCACCGAACUCCAUGAGCGAUUAAGUGCUCUGAGCCGGGAAGGGAACAUUGUCGACUCGAGAGUGGAGGCAUUUGCUAUCGGAUUGCAAAUGGGGCUGAAGUUUGCUCAAGACGCUCGAAAAGACGCGGCCUCGUCGCAACAAGCUAGUUUGCCUCUGGACGGAAGUUGUGUUCGUACUGGUCUCGGAACUAAACAAACCACUUAGUCGUUUGCCACCUCACGUCAAUCAAGAACACUCAAAUGCCGGACGACGACUUCAUAACAACGCUCAUUCGACUACAAUGAUGGCGAUAACUGAAUUUUUUCAGCCGUAUUUACAUGUUUCCUCCAACCUUAUAUUACUUUGUUGUAUUAUUGCUACCAAUAAAUUAAACGUGUCAGGUUUUCAUA